AUGACGGGAUUGAAUGAUGACAAUGCUUUUGAACUAUUUUGUUGGCAUGCUUUCAAAAGAAAUAAACUGGAUGACGGUUAUGGAGAAUUUGUAGAACAGAUCAUAGAUUAUGCUGGGAGCCUUCCACUAGUUUUAACAGUGCUUGGUUCGGAUUUAUAUGGCAGAAGAGAAAAAAGUGAGUGGGAAAGUGCAUUGGAUCAGUACAGGAAAAUCCCACACCAAGAUAUUCAAAAAAUACUUCAAACAAGUUAUGAUAGAUUAAGUGAAAAUGAAAAGAAUGUUUUUCUUGACAUUGCAUGUUUUUUCAUUGGACAACGGCUUCAUGAUGUCAUUAAGAUACUAGAUAGUUUUGAUUUUUACCCAAACUCUUGCAUCCCAAGACUCAAGGAGAAGUGCCUUAUUCCGGAGGAUUUCAACGGAAGAUUGCAAAUGCACGACUUGUUACGAGAUAUGGGUAGAGAAGUUGUUCGAAAAGAAUCGCCAAAUCCAGGAGAAUGUAGCAGAUUAUUCUUUCAUAAUGAUGUUCGCGAAGUACUGGAGGAAGAUAUAGGAACAGAAAGAGUUGAAGUAAUUGAUAUAGAUUUUCCUGAAGGUGAUGAUAUUAUCCACUUGAGUCCCGAUGCCUUCAAGAAUAUGAAAAGACUCAGACUAUUUAGAUGCCUCAAUGCACACUUUUUUGGAGAGCUUAAUUGUCUACCUAAUUCAAUAAGAGUGCUUGAUUGGCCUAAAUGUCCUUUACAAUCUAUGCCAUCUAAAUUUCGUGGGGACAAACUCUCUAUUCUACACAUGCCCCGUAGUCGCAUCCAGGAGAUACGCUUGGAAUUUAAGAAUCUCACAGUUAUGAAUUUGAAACGUUGUGAAUUCAUAACAAAACUCUCGCAUAUUUCAAGCUGCCCAAAUUUGAAGAAAAUAGAUCUUGGUUCUUGUAAAAAUCUAGCUGACGUUCAUGAUUCUGUUGGAUUCCUUGAUAAGCUGGAUGAAUUGUAUCUUGAUAGAUGUGGCAACCUAAAGAGCCUUCCAAGGGUACUCCAAUUGAAAUCUCUGCAAAUCCUUAAUCUUAGUCGUUGCUCAAGCCUUCAAAACUUUUCUGAAAUCGAACAUGAAAUGAAACAUUUAAGUAGAGUCAAGUUAUCGGGCACCGCAAUAGAAGAAUUGCCUUCAUCCAUUGGGUACGUCACUGGGCUUGAAAGUUUAUACCUGACAAAACUGCAGUUCUGCAAUGGAUUUGUGAUCAAGCUAAUGAAUAUGCUGAGUUAG